GGCACGCUGUACAGUAAGACUACUUGAGGAGCGUCCCACGCAAAGCUCAAUGGGCGCCUAUGGCAAGAUCUGAAAUGAUUUAUGCGGUUUCUCGCUGCAGUAUAGUGACAGUCGGGAGCAGCCCCCGUGGCCAUAAAUGCUCUCUUUAAUAGCCGUUGCAUGCGCAGUCGUCGACGCUUUGCUACGCUGAAUUAGCCCGCAUCGUUUGCAGACAUCCUCUCUCGCGAGUGGGCAGGGACCUCAGUGACAAGACCUCAAAAAACCCAAAUAAUCAUCAAUAUUAAAGAACUACAGAGACGUUCUAGCCAAGCCUUUGCACACCUAGCCCCAAAGGAAAAGGAGGUGGUCUUUAUUGCAUAGGUAUACCUGCCACUGGUAUCACAAGAUUCCACUGGAUUGAUCAUCAUGACAGAUGCAAUGACAGGCACAAGGGGUAUACAUUCACAGUCUGGGCCUGGCCCUGGUCCAGAGCUGACUGAUGAAGAGAAAGAGAUUAUUAACUCUGUAAUUGCUCGAGCUGAGAAGAUGGAAGCCAUGGAGCAGGAACGAAUUGGGCGUCUGAUGAAUCGUCUGGAUAAUAUGAAGAAGACUGUGUGUGGAGAUGGGUUGUCUCGCUGCUUGUUGUGUGGGGAGCAGCUAGGCUCCCUUGGGAAGUCUGUAGUCUGUGAAGAUUGCAAAAAGAACAUGUGCACCAAGUGUGGCGUGCAAAAUAACAGCCGUCCACGGUCCGUAUGGCUCUGCAAGAUCUGUAAUGAACAGCGAGAGGUAUGGAAGCGAUCUGGGGCUUGGUUCUUUAAGGGCCUACCUAAGCAGUUUCUACCUUCACCUAUGCCCAUUUCCAAAUCCAAAGAGCCUAAUUUCCAAAAGGCUGCUGAGAACCAGGCUACACUUGAUGCAUCUGUAGCUGCUGCCCAGCCACAACCACAGGCUAAUGAUCUGGUGGAGAGUCAGUCAGCUUGUCCAGAGAUGCAGCCAACAGGACAUCCACCUAUUGCUCCAAAACCAGCUGUAGCUCCAAAGCCAACCAGCAUUGCCGGAGCCUGUUACUCAGAAGCAGAUGGUCCUGUUGUGAUGAAAAAGGCAAUUGCUGUCCAUAGCUCCAGACAACCCCCAUCAGCUGCAGCUCUGAAAACCCAUCAGACUACUGCUCUCCAAGAACCAGAGAGAGGAGCCUACCUGACCACUGGGUUCCAGGACAGAGUGCCCCCUGCAGAGAGGGAGGAAAGGAAGCAGUCAGCCUCCUACAAUACCCCACCAGCCCGUCAUCAGGCUCCUCCACCAGAGGAGGAUGAGGAUGAGGCCAACAGCUAUGACUCUGAUGAAACCACGACUCUGGGAGCACUUGAGUUCAGCUUGCUGUACGAACAAGAGAAUAACAGUCUCCACUGCAACAUUAUCAGAGCUAAGGGCCUGAAGCCAAUGGAUUCCAAUGGACUAGCUGAUCCCUAUGUCAAGCUGCAUCUGCUACCUGGAGCAAGCAAGUCAAACAAAUUACGCACAAAGACACUCCGCAACACCCGGAAUCCUGCCUGGAAUGAGACACUGGUGUACCAUGGCCUGACAGAUGAUGACAUGCAGCGCAAGACUCUCAGAAUCUCUGUUUGUGACGAGGACAAGUUUGGGCACAAUGAGUUUAUUGGGGAGACCAGAGUAGCUCUGAAAAAGCUCAAAAAUAACCAGAAAAAGAAUUUCAAUGUAUGUCUAGAGAGGGUGGUGCCGACAAAGAGAACAGCAACUGCUGGUGCUGCAAGAGGAAUAGCUCUUUAUGAGGAUGAGUCUGGUAAGGAUGGAGGUGAAGUGGAGGAGAGAGGUCGUAUCCUAAUCUCCCUAAUGUAUAACAGCCAGCAGAGUCGUCUCAUCGUGGGUGUAAUACGGUGUGUUCAUCUUGCAGCCAUGGAUGCUAAUGGCUACUCUGACCCCUUUGUUAAAAUAUGCCUAAAGCCAGAUAUGGGGAAGAAGGCUAAGAACAAGACCCAGAUUAAGAAGAAGACCCUAAACCCAGAGUUCAAUGAAGAAUUCAGCUAUGAAAUCAAACAUGCGGAGCUAGCCAAGAAGACGUUGGAUAUCUCUGUGUGGGAUUAUGAUAUUGGCAAAUGCAAUGAUUAUAUAGGGGGAUGCCAGUUGGGCAUCAGUGCCAAAGGAGAACGUCUGAAACACUGGUAUGAGUGUCUCAAGAACAAAGACAAGAAGAUUGAACGCUGGCACACAUUGCUCAAUGAAAAUCAUGUCUCUAGUGAUUAAUGAUCUUGUCUUGAUUCUUUAUGCAUGCCUUAGAUGACUAUCCUGAUCCUAGUUCUACCUUUUAAUUUUGUAACCUCUUCUUGCCCUUUGUUCUUCACUAAACUAGAAUUGACUUAUUCUCUCAUACUUUUCACUGGCCCUACUAACUGUAGGCAUUGUUCUAUCUAAAACUGUCUCUUUACCUGCUUCCAACAUGGUGAAUGUUUGGGAAAAAAAGGCUUGAAUUGAGUUCAGUUUGCUUUAAGUCAAGAAAAAGUGCAUAAACGGCAUGCAGUGAGUAGACAUGCUCUUAGUUAGCUGCUGUAGCAUAGUAAAAUUUUCUUUGAUUUAUUUACAUUGGUCCACUGCUUUCAACAACUGUUGGGAUUGUAAACAUGCACCUAAAGACACAUUUUCACAUCUUUGCACUCUCAGACUCUUUUCCUACAGUCACUGUUGGACAUUCACUGUUUACAUUUGCCAUUGGGCAUUGCUCAUUGUAUCUAUUUGUCUUUGUUAACUAUUGUGGUGGCUUGACACCCCAUGGCUUAAAGCAAAAUCAAGAACAUAGUUUAUGCUUUAAUCUUAAUUAUGUAAAAGCAUAAGACAGGUUGCCUGGCAGAUUGUAAUCCUAAAAAUUUAAGUUCAAUGAAGCAGUGUAGACACAACACUACUUGUGUAGGCAUGAGGUUCUACAGAUCACUAAAUGCUGGUGCUUGAGCUCACACCUCAAGAAAACCACAAAAGCCUGUAACCAUGCAGCAUAUAUUUUGCACAUGUAUUUGUUUCGUAUUACUGGCAGGUUAAACAGGAGGUCCAAGUUUAAGGGGUUCAUGAAAAAGGUUCACUUAGAACAUUUGUUUUACAUUGGUGUGAUGCCAAUCUUUACACUUGACAAAUGAAGUGAGCUUUAUGUGAUCGCCUGUGUGGAUGUUUACUUAUGAUUAAUAUUAUGUAUUUAGAUAUUGAUCAACACAGCUGAAUAAUGUAGAUCAUCUGGGUGUAGCCAUGAAGAGGACAAACUAUGCUGUUUGCGGUCCACUGAUAAAGAUGUACACUAUAUAUAUAUAUAUAU